AUGCUCGCAGGAGCUGAUGAGUUGAAUACGCGGCGGUGCACAGACCACUUGUGCUGUAUUUACCUGCGGGAUUACAUUUGGUCUUUCGUCAGGUUUGCUAUCUGCCAUUUAAACAUGGACGCGUUUGGCUUCAUGACAAUUGGCAUCACAUUGUUUUAUAUGCUGUUUGGCGAGAGGAUGGUCAAUGUAAGGAAAAUGUACCUCGCUUCUCGGGAACAGGUCACGAAUCACCUUCCCAACUGUGUUCCACUGAAAAAUCUGAAUAAUGGUGCAGAGGAUAUAACUGUCUUUGGAGAUGGACUUGCCUUUAUAAGCACUGGUUUAAAGUACCCAGGAGUACCAUCAUCAGACACUCCUGGAAAGAUCUUCCUCCUCAAUCUCAAGGACUCCCAGAUGGAACCUGUGGAGUUGCUCAUAUCAAAAAACUUUGACCUGGAGACGUUCAACCCUCACGGCAUCAGUGUCUACACAGACACAAAUGGAUCAGUAUACCUGUUUGUUGUGAAUCAUCCUUACCACAAAAGCCAAGUAGAGUUGUUUAAAUUUGUCGAGGAUGAACGCUCCCUGAUUCAUCUUAAGACAUUCAAACAUCAACUGCUUUACAGUGUCAACAAUAUUGUGGCUAUGGGAGUGGAUCGUUUCUAUGCCACCAAUGAUCACUAUUUCUCAGAUGAACUCCUUAAAACGAUAGUGGAGCCUCUCCUGGGUCAACCUUGGACUAAUGUUGUGUAUUACAGUCCUGAGACAGUCAAAGUGGUCUCUGAGGGAUAUUACUUUGCAAAUGGCAUCAACGUCUCACCUGACAAAAGGCAUAUAUACGUGGCAGAUAUAUUUGCUCAUAAUGUGCAUGUGCUGGAGAGGAAAGAUGACACCACAUUGGUCUCUGUCAAGUCCGUGGCUGUGGGGUCACUCUGUGACAACAUUGAAGUUGACCCUAAAACAGGUGACCUGUGGUUUGGCUGUCUACCCAAUGCAUGGAAGCUUUUCCACUUUGACCCCAAACAUCCACCUGGCUCGGAGGUCAUCCGCAUCCAGAACAUUCACUCAGAUGAGCCAUUGGUGACGCAGGUGUAUGCUGAUGAUGGUCAUGUGAUCAUGGGUUCCUCUGUAGCUACGACCUAUGGAGGCAAACUGCUCAUUGGCUCAGUGUUUCAUAAAGCCUUGUGCUGUGAUUUGGAGUAGACAAUAACAUGAAGCAAUAAUUGAAUAACAAAAUAAUUUAAUAAAACAAAACAAUUGCUUCCAUGGAUUUUUAAAGCACUUGGAGGAGGUACCGUAUGUGCACUAAACUACAUGUAAACACAACAAAUAAAUAAAAGUGUGAUGUAAGAGGAGAUAGUUAUAAUCAUCGGUUAAGAAUUGAUUACAAUCAAACCUCGGUUUUCAUAUGCUCCAAUUUUUGUAUGAUUCAAUUUUUGUCGAUAGGUUUUCGUACCAUAUUGAACAUAACAAACCAGUUUGUUUGCCCUGUACUGUAUCACUCUGCAAAAUAAAGUGGCCAAACAAAGCGCCCUACACGUCGCUGACUCACUGGCAUUUUUUAUCGAGU